UUGUUCAUGAAAGCCUUCACUUGACAAGCCCUAUAUGAGAGGUUGCAGAAAGCCAGCUGAUGCGUGACACCGGUGACACCCUGUAGAGACCGAAUGUUGUCUAAAACCCCAAUUCAAAUCCCCGCCACAAUUCCCACACGCCGUCAGAUUGGUCAGAAACAGAAAAGGACCCAAGACCUUCCAUCCAUCCAUCGCCUUACCCGGCAGACCAAACUGACCGUCCAACUUGAUAACGACGACGACGACGACGAUGAUGAUGGACUCGUCUCGCGCGGGUGGACUCACGUCGUGCGGGCAGUACGUGUCUCGCAAGAUCAAUGUGGUGCGUUGGCAGCCCGUGACCCACCCAUGGGCCCAGUUGGCCCACGGGGAUCCCGAUCGAGGGCCUUCGGCCAAGCACUUUGUGUCGGGCUCAUGGGAUGACGAUCGCAAUCAAUUGCAAUGGUGGGAUUUCCGAGGAUCACAACCGUCGGCCAUGGACGAUUCGGAGGAUCCUCCCCGGUCUCGUUCAGCCCACCCGCCUCAAUCUGCCCACCACAGCCUCCAGUUGGCGGCUCAAUUGGAUGUUUGCGGGGAUGUGCAAGGGAUUCAGUUCCUUUCGGACGACACCCUGGCGGCUGCUACUUCACAAGGCCAAGUUCAAGUAGUCCAAGCUAAAGCAUCAAACGCCGGAUCAGGUCGAGUGGCUUUGGAAAGUGCCCGGCAUUGGUCGACCGUUCACGGCCAAAGGUUUGGUUCACCUUAUGGAUGUAUGGGUCUAGCUGUCUUUGAAGGGUUGAUUGCCACCGGCGGUCAAAACGGAUCAGUUGCGGUUUUAGAUGUGAAAUCCAGUACGCCGGUGGGCAAAUUGGACGGUGUCGAUAGUAGCUCAUUAACCGACAUCUUGUUCAUCAAACAAAAUUCGCUCCUGGUUUCCAAUGUUCGAGGUCAAAUGAGGUUGGUUGAUACAAGAGCUCCGGAUAUCAAAUCCGCUGUGGGCACCACUUAUGUUUUUGGUGAACCAAUCCGGAUCAACAGUAUAGCUCAACACGCUUCGCAGCCGCAUAUCGUAUGCAGUGGCAUGGAAAACGGCUCCAUUGCUUUUUGGGAUCUCAGGGGCCAACCUCACCCUAUUACCAUUUUAAAAGGCCACGAAAAUUCAUCCAUCUCGGAGGUCAUCUUCCAUCCGCAACAACCCGAGCACGUUUUAAGUUGCUCUCAGAAUGGAGAAGUCUGGCAUUGGAAUGGAACUGCGGCAUCCCGACCUGUGCUAACACAAGGGACCGCAAACAAUCCUGGAAUGGACAACAAAUGCUUAUGGUUUAACAAUGAUGCAUUAAAACACCGAGUGAACACAGAGGCACUAAUGCAAUCCCAGCAUUUGCCCAUCAACUCUUUAGACGCUUCCGGUCCAUACGUUGUCGUCGGCGGUGAUAGUGAGGCCAUUUACGUCAUGUCUAAUGUGAUCAUGUGAUUUGUUGAACCAGGCAAAAAUGUCCGCGAGUUUCGUAUGCCAAACAAACUCUUUCCCUUUUAAGUCGAUACUCGGGGACACUUUUCCUGGCCCUGAGCUGCCCCUUUUUAAUUCCAUAUUCAUGUUGUCCAAUCUACGAGCUUGCACAAAUAUCGAGGCUUUCGCCAAAACUUGCGGAUUCACUCGAACCCGACUGCCCAUUUGCUCCUUCCAAAAGUCCAAAUUCUGGCAUGAGUCCAAGAGCCGCCGGCUUUUUUCCACCUUUAUCGUGUGCAUACAUCUUCCACUGUCUUGUCAGGUGUGAGGAGAAUCUCACAUCGUCGUGUAAAGAAUAAAGAGUUCAAACAGUAUAUCGUCUUGCACCGGAUCAAGAAUUCGGUGUCAUUUAAAGCCAUGAGGCCACCUAUGCCCCAAAGUAAACCGCCGCCUCUUCCCCAAUCGAAGGACGAGGACAUCGAGCAGUCCCGUCAAAUCGUCAAGACCCUUGAACACAAUCUGAAGCGUCGAUCUCGACAACAUGUUCAAAAGCAAGCACUUCAAAGAGGUGAGCGUCUGGGCUUCCUCAAGAAGUUGUCUAACAACGUGUUCUUGGUGGAUGCAUCCUCUCUGAGUUGUCUAGAUGAUCUUCCAAAAUUAUCCACCCAUCAUAUCAUUCUUGUGCGAGCUCAUGCGAGAGCACCGGUUCCUUCAUCGUGGGACACUCAGCAUUCUCUUCAAGUGGUGGAGCUUCAUGGCAGUAACUUCUGUGAGCUCUUCUCGGAAUUCAGCUCCUUUUUGAAUCCCUUGAUCCAAGAUAAAGAACCCGUGACAGUCGUGUCAGAAAGCAAAGAUCUAGGUGGGGCUUGCUAUUUGGCCUACAUUGAAAAAUUUGGCAUUGAAUCGCAACUGAAUGACAGGCAAUUAAUCGAUCUGUCCACAGACAGUGAGGCCUUUAAGCUUCGUGAGGCUGUCCACAGUUUCAAGAAUUUGCCGCACCACCUCUCUUCCAAUACCAAGAAUGGCUCCUUCGUAUCAAAUCAAUCAGAUCAGCAAGGCUUGAAAUCUAAAAAGAAAACUGUAUUAGUCGUGAGUUCGGUCGUUGGGGGAAUUUUGAUCUUAGUCGGGAUUUUCUUUAUGUUUCAUUUCCACUCCAAUGCCAUUGUCUCCUGUUCCUAGCUAAGUGAAAUGCCGUUUAACAAACGACAAUUCUGAUCUAAUUUGAGGUUUUGCUUGCUCUACUUCAGGACAAUAAAGAAAGCGUGAAAACUA